AGCUUACUCCAUGUAUUGUAGACCAGCCUUAAGACAUCCAGCACCCGACAAGUACAUUCCGAUUCAGAAGGGCCGAUUGCACGCGGAGAUUCCUCGAAUCUCCCGAAUAUCGAUCAUCCCGCGAAUUGCCUCCGAGAGCCUCUUCACUCGUGCGUACAGCUGAUUCGCGUGACGACCGAUCAGCAGGGCCGAUCAACGAUUCCGGGAUUAACGGCGCCCGUCCUGACGUGCCUCGCGUCGUCUGCGUUCAGCCGCUCAGCUGUCGUGACGAUGCUCGUGAUGUAAUAACCGAAUUACUAUGGUACAGUGUCGGGACCGUCGGGGUUGAGGGUUCACGCCUCACGCGUUAUUUACCAUUCUGCCCCGUCACUGCGAUCGCGAGUGAACUCGGUUCAACUCCCCUCGGGCGGCGAUGGACGAGAUGGACAGCAAUAAGGACGAGGCGGAGCGAUGCAUGGAGCUCGCGGAGCGGUUUAUGCGGGAGCGAAAAUACGAGGAGGCCGAGAAAUUCGCCCGCAAGGCCCAGAAGCUUUAUCCGACGAAGAAGGCCGAGGAUCUGCUGGCGGAAGUGACUCUCCAAGCAGAAUCAGAAAUCCGAGUCGGCGGAGCCUAACGUUAGAAAGCGGCAAAAUGUAG